AUGUCACUUGUGAUUGCACUUUCCAAAACAGCACUGUUUGCCAUGUCACUAGCAUGCCAGAAUAUUGCUGGAGAAAUACCCAGUGAAUUUGGAAAUCUCACCCAAUUGACUCUACUAAUCAGCCCAAAUACUAACAAAUACUUGCUUUAUUUGAGCAGUGAUCUCACUCACAACUAUCUCAAGGGCACAAUUCCAACGUUUUUUGCUCGCAUUCCUCUUGUUACUUUGUCCCUUUCUGGGAAUCGCAUUAGUGGUUCAAUUCCUGAAGAAUUUGGUGAAAUUACAAGUCUGGAGAACCUGGGUUUAGAAGAUACUCAGCUUGCGGGAACUCUUCCUCAGAGUUUUGGAAAUCUGACUGCCUUACAGAGAGUGUAA